CCGGCGUGGCCCCUAGCGUAGUGUAGGUAGAGUAACUAGAGUAACUAGAGUAGAUGGAUCUUGCGUGCGGUUCGUGAUGUGAUGCGUUGAUAGAUGGAUGGCUCGGUCGCUCGCUCGUUCACCCGUCUGCCCGUCCGUCCGUCCGUCCGUUCGCACGCUCGUUCGUUCAUCCGUUCGUUCGUUGCGUUGCGUCGGUCGUUUGUACCUACACUACAUGAUGUGGUCGCUUGCGCCGGUCGGUGCUGGCAGCUGUCGGAGCCUGAAGGAUUGCUUCUUCUAGAGUAUCAUCACGACAGACGGAGCCGAACCACUCGACUUUGCCGGAAAGAUUCCGCCCAACCAACCGCGUUCGUGCGGGCCGGCACCGGCACUGUCAAAGCAAUUACUUUGUAUUUGCGAGAGACAUUUGGACACUGGAUAACUACUCGCCAAGUGCCAAAGAGGGUAGAGUAUCCACCGUUACUUACGGUACAUACUCGCUCGUACGGUACUAUCAUAGUACGGUAUCAUACUGCCAAUGGGUCUCAGACAUUCAUACCAGCGCUAGAAUGGGGCACGUACUCUGGAGCUAAAAAGAAAACUAAAAAAAAAGUCGAGACGAACUGCUCGUUUCUUCAGGGUCGAUCGGAAAUGCGAGAGAGAGCGAGGGAGAGAAAACGAGGGGCACAGGGUUGCCAGCCAGCCAGCCCGGCCGGCCUACUGCGAUUCCGCUGCUAGAGUUACU